AUGCAGGGUCACCACCAGGCUUCGCAGAGGGCACACACCCCCGGCCAGAAUCGCCAGGCAAUGAGCACUGGAAUGGUUCCACCCGGAAUGCAUUCCUCAGUGCAGAUGGGUAUACCGCCGACCAACCCAAACGGCCAGCUCAACGGCGCAUACCAGCAAAUGCACUCCAGGGCCGAGGCAGCCCAUGCCGGCACAGCAGGGGCCUCCUCGCCUCCCCAGCAGCUGCAGCCACAGUCCGGACCCCAACAGCAGGCAGCACCACCCAGCAACAACACCAGCAACACAGCAACAACAACAACAACACAGCAGCAGCAACAACAGCAGGCGCCGCCGGCUAUGCCUCCUCAGCAGCAGGCGCCGCCACCUCCUCCAUCGCAGCAGCCGGUUACAUCCACGCAGCGACUGAACAGCCAGACCGAGCUAGUCUGGAUGCAUAUAGGAUCGCUUUCAGAAUCGAUGAAUGAGCAUGAUCGGGCCCUGCUGGCGUACGACAACGUGUUGCGCCAUAACCCUUAUUCGCAAGCUGCGCUGACCCAAAUAGCCAACAUCUACCGCGCCGCGAGGAGUUUGAAAAAGCAUACCAACGGCGAGAUCUGGGGCGCCAUUGGUAAUUGCUACCUCAUGCUGGACGAGCUGCCCAAGGCGUACCAGGCGUACCAGCAGGCGAUCAUCCACCUACCCAACCCAAAGGAGCCUAAGCUCUGGUACGGAAUCGGCAUUCUGUAUGAUCGCUACGGCUCUUACGACCACGCAGAGGAGGCAUUCAACGCGGUCAUGAACAUGGAUCCCGGAUUUGACAAGGCCACCGAAAUAUACUUCCGCUUGGGCAUCAUACACAAGUGCCAGGGUAAGUACGCGCAGAGCCUCGAAUGCUUCAAUCGCAUACUCAGCGAUCCGCCAAAGCCUCUGACCGAGACAGACAUAUGGUUCCAGAUCGGAAACGUGCACGAACUCAACUCGGAGUUUGUCUUGGCCAGAGACGCCUACGAGCGCGUUCUGCGCGAGAACCCUUUGCAUGGCAAGGUGCUUCAGCAGCUCGGAUCACUCUACUUCCAGCCGAACACAGAGCUGAGCAACAUUGAUGCUGCCGUGCAGCUGCUCAUGCGGGCCAUCGAGGUCGACAAGGACAAGGCCGAGGCGCACACGUGGUACCUGCUUGGCCGCUGCUACAUGGUCCAGCGUCAGUACAACAAGGCGUACGAGGCCUAUCAGCAGGCAGUCUACCGUGAUGGUAACAACGCAAACUACUGGUGCUCAAUUGGUGUGCUGUAUUACCAGAUCAACCAGUACCGUGAUGCCUUAGAUGCAUACAGCCGUGCCAUCCGCAUCAACCCAUACCUCAGCGAGGUUUGGUUCGAUCUUGGCGCGCUUUACGAAGCCUGUAACAAUCAGGUCAACGACGCCAUCGAUGCCUAUACGCGGGCUGCAGAGCUGGACCGGUCAAACGCAGUCAUUGAGCAGCGCCUUGACCUGCUGCGCCGCGUACAAAGCACGGGACAGACAAGCCUUUCGCAAUCAGGGCCGCCGCCGCCGUCGCCAGUUGAUCCCUCUAUUGGCCCGACAGCUACUGGCCAGCCCAACGCUCCCGGUGGUCCGGCAGGCGAGUCUUCAGUUACCGGGGGUGCCCCAGGCAGCUUAGGAGCACCGCCGAUGUCGGGUGCAAUGGGAAGUGCUUUGCCACCGCCGCCUCCAGAGCAUGUUCGCACCCCAGUGACAUGUCGCAACAGCAGCAGCACCAACAGCAGCAGCAGCAGCGCAGUCACGCCCCUAUUCCUCUUGGCAUGCAGCACCCUGGUCACGGAGCCCCCAUGCCGCCGCCGCCACAGCAGCAACAUCCUCAACACCCGCAACAGCAUCCUCAGCACCCGCAACAGCAUCCUCAGCACCCGCACCACCAACCGCAGCAACAGCUUGCGCAUCAGCCAAAGGGGCCUCAGCACCAUCACCAAGGCCCAGCCCCUGCUGGGCGCCCUGAGUACCCAGAGGACGCUGGGUAUGGACGCUACGAGUCUAUGCCGCGCCCAGGAGUCUCACUACCCUAACCAAGCCCCACCUGGCGGCGGAAGCUCCUCCCUAUCCGCCGACAUCAAUGGCCCAACAGGCACCGCCGGCUACGCGUCCAUACUCUACACCUGGCCAUCCUCAGUCAUCCGCGCCGUACGCACAGCAGCCGCAGCAAAAGCCACCAUCGACUGGGCCUUACCGAAACGAGGAGUCCACAUGGCCUCGCGCAAUCAGUCGCCAAUGCAGCCCCCGCAACAACCUCAGCAGCCCCCUCACCGGCAUCAGCAGCAGCACCUCUAUCUCCGGUGGGCAUUUCAACAGGGUCCGCCACCUGUAAAUGGCUAUACUGCGUAUUCUGGACCGCCGUCUGCUGCGGUGGAUGCGCACAAUUCGAGCCGUAGCCCCACUCGACUGCAAAGCCCGGGGUUUAGGCAACAACAGCAGCACCAGCCGCAGUCGCAGACCCCGAUGCCCACAAACUCCCACGUACAGGCCCCGCCGUCACUUCCCCACCAGCAGUCGUAUCUAUCAGAUGCCGCCCGGCGCAAGAUGAAGGAUGACCGGCAAGGCGAGUACUUGGCUGACGAUAGCAGCCCAAGCAACAACAUUGCCCAGAGGCUGCCCUACAGCAGGAAUGGCUCAGCCAAGAUCGGAAACAGUGUUACCCCUCCUCCGGGAAACAGUCCACUUCUCGGUGAUCGGGACAGCGAUGUAGCCAUGGCCGAUGCCCAAUAUGCCUCGUACAAAAUGGCCGCCCCCACCGCGAUAAGUGCGACAGGCGCACCGACCCUUGCAUCCACGAUGACAGCGGCUGCCAUCAAUCUACCCCAGAUAACGACGCCCAUACCGGCAUCUGACUUUGUCACAUCGUCCUCGUCGACUCCAGCACUCUCGGGACCAACAGCAGCGCCGAUCAGGCUGCCCCCGGUGCAGCUUAGCGGCGGCGGUGGCAGCGGCGGGUUUAACGGCUCUGGCAGCAGUGUCCCGUCGCUAGGGUCCACCAACAGCGCCCCAGCAAUGGUGCUUGCUGCUGAUGAAGCAGCAGCCAAGGGCAGCAGUUCCAGCAGCGCAAUGACUCUGGUGUCAUCCGGCGAGACCCUCAGCCUUGCUUCGGCAUUGGCUGUGGCUGACGAGGACAAGGAGGACUCAGCAAUCAACUCACUGAUGAGCCUGAGCAAUGUCGCCACCACGCUUACAUCUCGUCCCCAAAUGUCGCUGCUGUCGCCGCAGCCGGGAUUGAUGUCCGAAAAGUUUGGUGCUGAGGCAGUGGUGACAUCAGUGAGCCAGGACCUGCACCAAGAUGAGCCUGUUGCUUCCGCUGGCAAUUUUAGCAGGGACGUUUCCAUGGGCAGCCCCAGCGACCCAUUGUCGAGCAACGAGCUUGUCACUACUACUACCACCACCACUGCCCUCAAGGUAUCUGAUGAGAAAGUCUCCUCGGAGCCCUUGGCAGCCAGCGUCGACCACGUGCCGGCCGAGGGAAACGGAAACCCGGGCGGGGUAUCGCCCUCAGCGAUAAACAGCACUGUUGUGGGAAAUGACCAGCCAGCUUUGGUGCCCGCAUCUGCUGCUUACAACUUCACUGUCGGCAGCGCCAUUUCUGCACUCGUGCCCAGCAAGCGGCCACUGACAGCCAUGAACUCUGGAGACGCAGUGGUCUCAUCUGUGGUGCAGGGCCAAUCGAAGUCGCCCAACAACCUUGGUGACAACGUGAUAGCAUUCGGAGAUGCUGUCGCCAGCAGCUCCAUCGGCGGAAGCGCUGCAGUCAACGGCGGCGAUAAGCCCAGUGGCAACAUUCACUCUGGGCCGCGGAAACGUGGUCGCCAGAGCUCUUCUUCGCCGGUCGCUGGAAAGAGGCAGCAGCUGAGCGCCAAGGCAAGCAACGGGGAUGCCACUACGGACGAGAUGGAGGAUGGCGAGGAGCCCGAGACGGCGAGGUCGAACGAGGAUGUGGUGAUGGACUCUGGCAAGGUGAAGCACGAGUGA